AUGGGGAGCUUCAAAAAUUUCAUCCUUGCUUUUCUUGGUGGGUUUGUUCUUGUACAUCUAGUUAAUGCCCAGGAUCAAGCAGACUUCAUAAGCAUAUCUUGCGGGUCACCAGAAAAUUCAAGCUAUUCGGAGGCAACAACAGGUAUAAAUUACAUUUCAGAUGCCGCAUUCAUAGACACUGGUAUAAGUCAGAGGAUUUCAACUGUAUAUAUGGCUGGUCUUCAACAACAAGCAUGGGAUCUCAGAAGCUUUCCUCAUGGAAUCCGGAACUGUUACAACAUAAAUAUUAUGCCAGGCACAAAGUAUUUGAUCCGAGGAACUUUCUUCUAUGGAAAUUAUGAUGGACUAAGUAAGUUACCACAGUUUGAUCUUCAUCUAGGAGUAAAUAAGUGGGACACGGUCAAAAUAGAGAAUGUAUCUGUUGGUGUCAUCAAGGAGCUCAUACAUGUUCCAUCGCAAAAUUAUUUACAAGUCUGUCUUGUAAACACGGGCCUCGGAAUGCCAUUUAUAUCAGCAAUAGAGCUAAGGCCAUUGAACAAUAAGACGUAUGUAACAAUUUCUGGAUCAUUGGCACUCUUCAGUCGCUACGAUCUUGGUUCACUAAGCCGUACAGUAUACAGGUAUCCAGUCGACGUUUAUGAUCGCAUAUGGUAUCCCUAUUUUGAUAAUGAGUGGACAAGUUUAAAUACUACGCUUACUAUUGACUCCCAAAGUAACAAUUAUUACCAGCCACCAACUAUUGUAAUGGGUACAGCCGCCACACCGUUUAAUAUAAAUGCUCCUUUGGCCAUGUAUUGGGAUUCAGAGAGUGCAACUUCCGAAUACUAUAUCUACAUGCACUUUGCUGAAGUUGAACAGCUUAAACUUAAUCAAUCCAGAUCAAUAAACAUUACUCUAAAUGGGAACUACUGGUGGAGUAUAUCUUCUCCAUUAUACUUGUACACAACCACGGUGUGCAGCCAAUCGGCCUUGGAGAUUGCCCAAAUAUAUAACUUUGAACUGUUCAAAGCAGAAGGCUCAACACUGCCACCCAUCAUCAAUGCAAUUGAGAUAUAUUCAGUGAGAAAUCUCUCGCAACCAGGAACAAACAAACAAGAUGUUGAUGCCAUCACAAAUAUCAUGUCAACAUACGAACUAAAAAGAAAUUGGGAAGGUGAUCCGUGUCUCCCACAAGCAUACUCAUGGGCUGGUUUACAUUGUAGCUAUGAUAGCAUUAAUCCCCCUAGAAUAACAUCCUUGAACUUGUCUGCUAGUGGAUUGACUGGAGUGAUAUCUGCUGAUAUAUCAAAUCUCAUGAUGUUACAAUAUUUGGAUCUAUCGGACAAUAGCCUAACUGAAUCAAUACCAAAAUUUCUUUCUCAAUUGCAAUACUUGAGGGUCCUAAACUUAGAAAGAAAUCAGCUUACUGGUUCUGUUCCAGCUGACCUCAUAGAAAGAUCAAACAAUGGUACACUAUUAUUGCGUGUGGAUGAAAAUUCAAAUCUUUGUGGAUCUGGAUCAUGCAAAAAGGAGAACAAUAUUGUUAUUCCAAUAUCAGUCAUUCUCUUAUUCAUUGUUGCGGCUGUCAUGUGGGGGCUUUGGAGAUAUCAGAAAUAUAAGAAUAAAGUAGAAACAAAAUCCAACAUCCAGACCAAGUCGUUAGAGUCAAUAGAUUCAAUGCAACGACAAUUUACAUACGCUGAUCUGGUAAGAAUUACCAACAAUUUUGAGACAGUUCUUGGCAAGGGUGGAUCUGGACAAGUUUACCAAGGCUGCAUUGAUGACACUCAAGUAGCAGUGAAAGUGCUUUCUCUAUCAUCAGUUCAAGGGUAUCAACAAUUUCAAGCAGAGGUAAAACUUCUUAUGAGAGUUCAUCAUAGAAACCUAACCACCCUCAUUGGGUAUUGCUAUGAAGGAACAAGCAUGGGGCUUGUCUAUGAGUACAUGGCCAACGGAGACUUAGAAGCACAUCUUUCAGGUAAGAGUACUAAUAUCUUGGGUUGGGAAGCAAGGCUUAAUAUAGCAAUGGAAGCAGCACAAGGAUUGGAAUAUUUACACAAUGGUUGUAAACCACCUAUAAUCCAUAGAGAUGUGAAGACUACAAAUAUCUUGUUGAAUGAAAAUUUUAAUGCCAAACUAGCCGAUUUUGGUCUAUCCAAAAUUUUCCCAACUGAUGGCACUCAUGUCUCAAUGCUUAGUGUUGCUGGCACCCUUGGAUAUCUCGACCCCGAGUACUCCAUUUCAUAUAGGCUGACUGAGAAAAGCGAUGUUUAUGGCUUUGGGGUUGUUCUUUUGGAAAUAAUCACAAGUCGGCCCGCGAUUGAAAGAUCCUAUGAAAACACCCACAUAAGCCAAUGGGUGAGAAUGAUGCUUGAUAGAGGAGAUAUUCAAAAUAUUGUUGAUCCAAGGUUGGGUGGAGAUUUCAACGUUAACUCUGCUUGGAAAACUGUUGAAAUAGCAAUGGCUUGUGUGUCCACCACCUCCAGUAAUAGGCCACCAAUGAGUGAGGUGGUAGUGAGACUAAAGGAAUGUUUGACAUCUGAAUCAAUUAAAAGGGAGAAUUUCGAGGGGGAAUCAAAUUAUUCAGUUGAUAUAGUCAAUAUGAAUAUGUUUAAGGAAUCCAAUCCUUUAGCAAGGUAA